AUGCAGGUGACGCUCGGAAGUGGUAUCAUAGGGAAGUCCGGUCUGAAAGUGGAGUCGAUGGAUGUUACCAAAACAGCAAUAAUGCUGGCGGACAGAGAGGCAAUUUUCACAGACGUGAUCAAUGCUGCAGACGGUCUCCACUCGGUGGUCAGGUCUCACAUCCUUGAUGGCAAAAAAUUCUUCCCACAGCCUUCAACUGGCCAGAGCGCGAUUAGAUUCAUGCUCCCCGAAGCCGUUGCGCAGAGGGACAUCAUCUUGUCCACUGCUGUUAGCGAUGAUGUACUCAUGCUCUCAUGGAAAGGCAAUGACAAACGCGUUCUCGUUCCAGUAGACUAUGACAACCAGUUCAAUGUCACGUGCACUUACCCGAGCAAUGUUUUCAACCAGCAGACUUUCAGUAACAAUUCUGCCGCUGCUAUUUCAUAUGGUCAGAAGGUCUCUUACGACAUCAUUCUUGAUAUCUGUAGUGAUUUCGAUCCUAUCGCAAAACGACUCUUCUCACUGGCCGACCCGGAUGGCUUCAGAGUAUGGCAAUUGAAGGAUAUGGACGACCACUCCAACUGGAGUCUCAAUCAUACCACUCUUCCGGGGGCGCUUGCCACCCUGUCUUGCCAUUCGGGUUUCUUUCGGGUUCUCUGGCGCCUCAACAACGAUCGAAAUGGGUUCACUCUCUCAACUCUGCUCUGCUACCGCUUGAUGUGCAAGGAGGAGAUACUGUUGGCCGUCUGA